AUGGCCGCUGAUGGCUCAAGAACUCUUCGCACGCGACGGUCAGAACUCCAUCGCCACGACAUGGACCCGUCGGAGCUCGCUCAACUCUCCGGCUAUACUCAUAUCUACAACAUGUUGAGACCAAACGUGGGCAGUGUCACUUCCUACCGGACCCGGGCAACGGGCAAAGGGUUCCUCACUCUGAUAAUAAAUGAUCUAGGUGCAAAAAGAGUCAUGGAGCAACAUAUCCGUCUCCCGGAAUUGGAAGUCCUGACUGAGUCGGACGGUAAUCUCAUGUGGUUUCCGAUCCGUGACCAUGGAUUCGAGAAUGCCUUGAGUCCGACCUCCGUAUAUCUUCAGACCGCUGACAGGUAA